GGGAGGGUAGGAGGGGGGAUGGUGCAUCAUCAUCACUGCCUUCGUCACUGGAAGACAGCAAGGAAGACUGUCGCACAGCAGAUCCUGAAAAACAAACAGAAGGUCCUACUCCAUCAGGAGUCUCAGCCCACAGCGCCACAGCCACACCAACCACAGCCAUCACCCUCUAAGACACCCAGACAAGACGAGCGCCCCAGGCAUGAUUUGAGCAGCUAAAGCGGCAGCUGUCAGCCUACAUGGGCAACCAGGAGGCAAAGCAGAGGAAGGCUGCAGCGGCAUCAGGUAACGGAAGCUACCCGUCAUUGGAUGAAGGUUGGAGAGAAGGAGGAGGGGAGGUGACCAAGAAGGGGGGGAAGAAAUUCCACAGAAAGCAUGGAGGAAAAGGAGCAGGCAGCAUGGGCGGAGGGGGGGCCAUUCAUGGCACUGGACUAGGUAAAAGGAAAAACAAUUCUGAAUCCAAGUCCUCCGUGUUUUCCAUUCGGAAAAGGAAAGCGGACCUGAGGGGAAAAGCGAACCCGUCCUCCUCAGUGGGGGGGUCAAAGGAGAACGUUUUGGACUCUCAGCAUGAUGAAGACACUAAGACGCCUGAGCUGUCUGCUGACGAGCUGGAACAGUCAGACACUGACACUGCGCUGUCUGAGAGCAAGAAAAAACAAGAUCCUGGGAGGGGGGAUGGAGCCAGGCGAGAAAUGCUGCAGGAGGCAGUCACCUCUCCCAUCGAGGAGGGGGGUCCCAAAGGGGGCAGUUCGGGCUCUGACACCGACAUAUACAGCUUCCACUCUGCUGCAGAGCAUGAGGACUUGCUCUCAGACAUCCAGCUUGCCAUCAGGCUGCAGCAUCAGCAGCAUGGGGGUUCCCAGUCCGUGGUGGAGACACCAGGAGGGAGCUUAGGGACAGGUGAGGGGAGGAAGGAGCAGUGGAACAUGCAGCCAACUUCACUGGAGGUGCUUGACUUGAACAUUGAGUUGGAGCUGGGCUCUGAUGCCCUGUCAUUCCUGGAGGCAGGAACUGAGCUCAGAAACUCAGACCCACCCACAGAGCCACACCUGCUAGCUGAGGGGGGCGACAAUAAGAUGACAGAUGCCAGUCUCACAGACAUCUCCAUGGUUACCCCAGUCACCCCCUUCACCAUGGCAACCUUUCCCAACAGCCUCCCAGAUGAUCUGUGUGGGAGUACAGAAGGUGAACAAAAAGCGAGACAUGAAACUCUCCAGGAGGAGCCAGAUGUGGAGGCAGACAUUAGCCCCCCUUCUGUGGACAGCAGUAGAAGUCCUGAACCAUUGGGCGGAGUAAACUCUACCUCCGUGUUCAAGGAAGAGGGUGGUCAACUGGCCUCUACGACCAGUGCCAAGUUCCUGAAGGAUGGUCCCAGCAUCAGCUCUGAACCCAUACAGCCCACAGCUGUCCACGCGGACUCCCCCAUAUCUGAGCAGCAGUACACAACUGCUCCUCAACAGAGCCCCAAAUCAGCUAAAAGCAUCCUCAGGUCCACUCACUCUCCAAUCCAUGUGGUGAAACCUUAUCCGCAGAUAUUUCCCUCCUACAUCAAGACCACCACGAGGCAGCUCAGCUCCCCAGGUCUGUCACCCUCGCACAGCCCCCUGUUCCCCCGCAGAGCUCACCAUCACCUGCACAGGACGACGGCUGAAGGUCCCCAAUACCGAAGACAGCGCUCCAGGAGCCUCGCUGGGCCUCUAAGUCACUCUGCUGACUGGACGGAGGAGCUGGAGAAGAGGCUGAACAGUGGAGAGGAAAUAGGAGGCAGCUCUGGAGAGCAUCUGCUGGGCUACGGAGGAGGAGGUAGUCAGCCGAUCUGUGCCACCAGGAGAUCCUCCUGCAGUCAGGCGUCUGUAUGCAGCUUCCAGGACAUCUUUUCAGGCCGAACUCUCCUGGAGAAGCUGUUUCUGCAGCAGAAGCAGGAGGAGCCGGAGGAGGCAGAGAGGCUUUGUGCACGGAUCCUGGCCAUGGGUCUCCUGCUGCCCUUUACUGACUGCUUCAGAGAGCCAAUAGGAGACAGCCCCGCCCACACCUCCUCCACUGCUCCAGCAGUGUUUGACCAUGAUCAGCUGUACACGUGGGCUGCUGUUAACCAGCCUUCCCACGCCCAGGAUCCUCUGGAAGGGAAAAUGCUGAGUCUCAUCAGGGGACCCUGUCCUCCAAACAGGGCAAGUGGAGAUAAUCUGGCUGGAUCCAAGUCCACAGAGACAGGGCACCAUGAAACCAUCAUAAAUGUGAAGGAGCAGCUGAAGGAGCAGAUGGCAGAGCAGGAGCAGACCUCCCACCCAACAACAAAACUGAAAGAAAAACAUGUGAACGUUAUUCAGCAGCUUGAACAAACUAUUGAGGACCUCAAGACCAAGAUUGCAGAGCUCGAGCGACAGCCCCCCCUGCUUGACAAGGAGAGCAUGACCCCCCCCAUUCUCACGGACAAGGAAUGUAGGGUUGAGGAUGUCCUGCUGAGGCCAUCAUGUGACGCUCACCUGCAAACUGAAGCAGCUUCUUGUUUGAGCUGCUUUGAGGCCAAAUCAGUUCAGACAUCGCCCUUGGAGGAGGCCUUCAAGUUCACAACUGCCUCCAGUGAGGUGGUCGGAGGGUCCCUGCAGGGCCCAACCCCACGUUCAUUUCUGCAGCCCCUUCCACAGACAGGCCAAGCUGGUACCCAUCCACCCGCACCACCCCCGCCUCCACCUUUACAUGUAGUUCCACUCUCAACUCCCCCACCACCUCCUCCAUUACCUCUAGCCCCACUCCCAGCUCCUCCACAACCUCCUGCCGUAGCUGGUGGUUUGGCUCAGCCUCCUCUACCACCUCCUAUACCUGGUUGUUCUGAACAGCCACCACCGCCACCCCCACCACCCCUACCACUCCUGGUUCUACCUGGCAGCAUUGCACCACCUCCACCUCCUCCAUUACCAGGACUUGCAGGCCCUUCUCCCCACCCUCCGACAGCUCCCCAAAGCUUUUGUCCUCCACCUCCCCCUCCUCCUCCAGGAGUCAUUCCUCCAGCUCUUCCAGGAACUCAGGGUUUUCUGCCCCCUCCCUGUCCACCGGCUCUUUUCUCUCUGGGUUUAUCUCAGGAGAAACCACCCAGAAAGGCUGUGGUGGAGCCCCCGAGACCCAUGAAGCCUCUGUACUGGACCAGAAUACAGCUACACACCAAAAAGGAAAUCACUUCUUCUCUGGUGUGGGAGACAAUUGAUGAACCGAAUGUGGACUUUGAGGAGUUUGUGGAGUUGUUCUCCAAAACAGCUAUGAAGCAGAAGAAACAGCCGCUCUCCGACACGAUCACCAAAUCCAAGGCAAAGCAGGUUGUGAAGCUCCUCAACAACAAGCGCUCUCAGACAGUUGGAAUCCUCAUGUCCUCCUUGCAUCUGGACAUGAAAGACAUCCGGCAUUCUGUUCUGAACUUGGAUAACACUGUUGUUGAUCUGGAGACUCUGCAGGCUCUGUAUGAAAAUAGAGCACAGCAAGAAGAGCUUGACAAAAUCGAUAAGCACAUGAAAUCUUCUCAGGGGAAGGACAACGCCAAACCUCUGGACAAACCUGAACAAUUUCUCUACCAGCUUUCCCUGAUCCCAAACUUCUCCGGCCGACUCUUCUGCAUCCUCUUUCAGUCCAGCUUUUCUGAGUGCAUGACUUCCAUCACCAAGAAGUUGGACACACUGCAGAAGGUGUGCAAGGCCUUGCAGGACAGUGAGACAGUGAAAAGGAUUCUGGGCCUGGUUCUGGCGUUUGGUAACUACAUGAAUGGUGGAAAUCGAACCCGGGGCCAGGCUGACGGCUUCAGUCUGGACAUUCUGCCUAAACUCAAAGAUGUAAAGAGCAGUGACAGCACCAAAAGCCUUCUGUCGUACAUCACUGCAUACUACCUCAAACACUUUGAUGAGGAUGCUGGCAGAGACACAUGUGUGUUUCCUUUGCCGGAGCCUCACGACUUGUUUCAGGCCUCCCAGAUGAAGUUUGAGGAUUUUCAAAAAGACCUGACUCGACACCGCCGAGACCUGAGAGCAUGUUCAGCAGAGGUGGAGAAAGUGUGCAAACUGUCUGAUCAAGACAAUCUACAACCAUUCAAGGACAAGAUGGAGGACUUUCUUGCACAAGCUCAGAGUGACCUGCAGACCCUUGAGGCUCAGCUCAGCAGCACUCAAAAACUUUUCCUGGAGCUUACAGUGUUCUUCUCAGUGAAACCCAAAGCUGGAGAGAAGGAGGUCUCACCCAACACCUUCUUCUCCAUCUGGCAUGACUUCUCCUCUGACUUCAAAGAACAAUGGAAGAAGGAGAACAAGUCUAUUCUCAAGGAGAGGUUAAAAGCAGCAGAGGAGUGUUUCCGCCAGGCCAAGGAGAAAGCUACCUAUAGCGUUAAACCCAAGCACGCUACUGGCAUUAAAGCCAAACUGGGCAUGAAGAUAUGACUUGAGGACUCCAUGUACCAACUACUUACUGUGGCGACCAGCAAGUCAAAAUUUUAAGACAGUCACAGACAAAACAAGAAAAAAUGAGAGAAGUGGGACGGAACACAAAUUUCAGUGGCAGUUUACAACGGAGGUUGACUUCAAACAAAUACAAAAAAAAACAUAUUGAACUUCGAUAAAUGCUGCUGUUAAAUUCAUUACAGUCCAGAUAAGUCCAAUAAGGCCAGAUUGUCUUAAAUGUAUAGCAACCUAAAUACAUGCCCAAUGGAUUCAGUUUAUAAGCGUGGUCCCCAUUCUAAAAAAAAUGUAGGGCAACAAAGGAGCAUGAAAGAAUAAGAAGAAACCUUCAAUCGAAGCAAUUUCAGAAAGAUUGACCAUCUGCAGUGGUUGGUUGGACUCAGAGAACUGGAACAAGGCAGACAAACCCCAAAAAACAAAGGUACAUCUCUGGCUAGACAAACAUGUGGGUUAGUGAUUGCAGCGGCGAGAAAACAGGAAACAUAUGGGCAAAAAUAAAAAUCCCUAGAACAUCUGCUAUAUGACAUGGACAUUUUAAUUAACCAUCGCAAUAGUGAGUUUUAAUAAAAUCUUUAGUUCUUCACAGUUUAACAAAUGAACAAAUUCAAGCCUUGGGUUGCAAUUUCCACUAUUUACAGUACAGUAUAUUAAGAUUUACAGGAAAGCAUUAUUGAUGCAACUUCAGAGAUCUCAAGAGGACAAAAGUGAAAAACAAUUAGGGUUAACUGUUGUUUCCCUGUUUUGUAGUCAUAGAUUAAUUAGUUAAUGUUAGUUUGUUUCCACCUCCCUCGUGUGUCCAAUAUGGUCUUGUCUUGUCCUGUCUAUUAAGCUUCCCCACUGUGGCAGUGAGGUGACUGAGUUUGAUCAGGUCUCUUUAGCUUAAUGUCCCUUGUCUGUUUCAUUUAGGCUGCAUUUAUACUGCAUGGUUCAAGUGACCCAAUUCCGAUUUUUUCCUCUCAUGUCGCACGGAACGGAUAUGACCAGUGAACGUGUAAGCAGGACAAAAGCGCAUGGAUUCCGAUUUUCUCAGAUCGGAGACAGGCCUCACUCAUAUGUGGAAAUAAAUCGGAUACGAAUCGGAUACGUGCAUUUGCAUGUAUCAUGUUAGCAGACAAGUUAUAUAUAUGUUCUCCAGUAAAUGCAAGUCGGACGUCAGUGACGUCAUCUCAGGUGGACACUACCACCUGAGACCACAUGAAUUAUUACAAGUGCGAUGGAGGACGAAGGUUACACACAGUGGAGCAAUGCAGAGGUUUCAUGCCUCUUAAGUCUGUGGGGUGAAGAGACAGUGCAGGCAAAAAUGCAGGGUUGUUAUCAAAACAAAUUUUUGUUUGAAGAAAUUUCAAAAGAUAUGGGGAGGCAUGGUUUUAAGCACUCGUGGCUACAGUGCCAGCGUAAGAUAAAAAGCUUAAAAUGCAAAUACAAAUCGGUAAAAGACCACAACAAUAAGAGUGGAAAUAGCCGUGCAACAUUCCCAUUCUUUGAUCAAAUGGAAGGCAUUUCGGGUGACAGGCCAAGUUGUCGACCACACGAAUUACUGGAUAGCCUCAGAGAAGAUGAUGUGCCUUGAUCAGUGGACUGUGAAGAGCCGGAGUGUGAGGACAGUAACGUUACAGAUGAGUCCCUGACAUGCCACAGACCACCUCAAGUGAGACCAGUUCUUCAUACAAUGAGAGAGCCUCAACCAGCAGGUGAACCACAGAAGGACCUACAAGAGCCUCAACACCAACACCUUCCUCUAAUCAACCGGACCGUAGUACACCAGGAGGACCAUCGUGCCAGCCAUCACCUCACCCAGGCCAUGCCACAGGUUCAAGCUAUUUCCCAGAUCAGGUUCACCCACGUAGGUUCAGUCAAAAUUCUUCGCACCCAGGUCGCUUUACGCAUGAUCACACACGCCCAAGUGUCACGGUGCCUGGCGGUCUCCUCCCCCCUCCAGCUCUGCCCUGAUGUUCCUGAUUGCCACCAGCUGCCAUCACUCUCCUCAUCAUCUUCUGUGGAU